AUGCUGAUGCCUAUGCGAAGACUCAUAGGACGUUACUGCGCAACGCCACUGAGUGUGAAUGCGCGCUCAUUUGCAGCAAAGGGAAAGGGUAAUGCUGCCGUCGUAGAGGAGGUGGUGGAUUUGACAAAGGUGGUGCCUACAAACAUUUUCAAGGAUGGCACGCACCCAGAGCUUAAAGAGAAGUCUGAAUACCCUGAAUGGCUCUUUACGCUGCUUGAGCCUAAGCUUACGUUGAGUGAACUAGAGCGUAUUGGCUUUGAUAAUCUGGAACUAGAGGACCAGCACCACUACCUUGUGCUAGUCAAUCGUGGAUUGAUUAAAGCGAGCAAUGCUGAAAAGGCUAAGAAGUAA